UAACUGCAUGGUCCUAGCAGUGGUAGAAUUGGACUUUUAUCUUUUGACACAGCUGUUAUUGUAAUCUUUUCCCUUGUCUAGAUUGUCCAAUCAUUAAAGAGCUGUGAUCGUCCCAAACUUUGAAAAGUCAGGCACAACUCUGUAAGCCGUACAGUUUCUCUUUGUCUGACUAGAGGAAGGGGGGAAUACUGCUAUCUUCUGGUAGAGCAGGUUUAUGCAGCUGCAAGAACAAUGGAGUCUAUGCUGAGUUUAUCAAUGGAAGAACCUGUUAAGAAGAACACCCUGAAGAAAUAUAAGAUAAUUUGUAUCGUUCUUCUUGCUUUGCUGGUGAUUAUGUCACUUGGAUUAGGCCUGGGGCUUGGACUCAGAGAACCGGAAAAGCAAGGCAGCUGCAGGAAAAAAUGCUUUGACUCAUCACAUAGAGGGCUGGAGGGCUGCCGGUGUGACGUGAGGUGUAAAGACCGAGGCGAUUGCUGCUGGGACUUUGAAGACACCUGUGUGGAGUCAACUCAAAUAUGGACAUGCAAUAAAUUUCGCUGCGGGGAGACCAGAUUACCGUCCAGCCUUUGCUCUUGUUCAGAUGACUGUUUACAGAGGAAAGACUGCUGUGCUGACUAUAAGAGUGUUUGCCAAGGAGAAACCCCAUGGGUGAAAGAAGACUGUGGCACAGCCCCACAAUCUCAGUGUCCAGAUGGGUUUGACCUGCCACCAGUUAUCUUGUUUUCCAUGGAUGGCUUUAGAGCUGAAUAUUUGGACACAUGGAGUUCCUUACUACCCAAUAUUGAUAAACUGAAAACCUGUGGAAUUCAUUCAAAAUACAUGAGAGCUGUGUAUCCUACCAAAACCUUCCCAAAUCAUUACACCAUUGUCACGGGCUUGUAUCCAGAAUCACAUGGUAUCAUUGACAACAAUAUGUACGAUGUCCAUCUGAACAAGAACUUUUCACUUUCUUCAAAGGAGAAAGACAAUCCAGCUUGGUGGCACGGACAACCAAUAUGGCUGACAGCAAUGUAUCAAGGCUUGAAAACUGCUUCCUACUUUUGGCCAGGAUCAGAUGUGGCUGUAAAUGGUUCCUUUCCCUCCUUGUACAUGGCUUACAACAGAAGUAUCCCAUAUGAGCAAAGGAUCUCUACAUUGUUAAAGUGGCUGGACCUGCCCAAAGCUGAAAGACCCAGUUUUUAUACACUGUACGUUGAAGAACCUGAUUCUGCAGGACAUGAUAGUGGACCAGUCAGUGCUGGAGUAAUUAAAGCAUUGCAGUUAGUAGACCAUGCCUUUGGAAUGUUGAUGGAAGGACUAAAACAACGGAACUUACACAACUGUGUCAAUAUAAUCCUUUUGGCUGACCAUGGAAUGGACCAGACUUACUGUGACAAGGUGGAAUAUAUGACAGAUUAUUUGCCCCAAAUAAACUUCUACAUGUAUCAAGGGCCUGCUGCCCGCAUCAGGGCCAUUAAUAUACCUCAGGACUUUUUUAGUUUUGAUUCUGAAGGAAUUGUUAGGAACCUCAGUUGCCGAAAAGAUGAUCAGCAUUUUAAACCUUAUUUGACUCGUGAUCUGCCCAAACGACUACACUACGCUAACAAUGUCAGAAUCGACAAAGUUCACCUCAUGGUGGAUCGGCAGUGGCUUGCUGUGAGGAGCAGAACAAAUAUAUUCUGUGGAGGAGGCAACCAUGGUUAUAACAAUGAGUUUAAGAGCAUGGAGGCUAUAUUUUUGGCACAUGGACCCAGUUUUAAAGAGAAGAUUGAAGUUGAACCAUUUGAAAACAUUGAGAUCUAUAACCUACUGUGUGAUCUUCUACACAUCCAACCAGCACCAAACAAUGGUACCCAUGGAAGUUUAAACCAUCUUCUAAAGGUGCCUUUUUAUGAGCCAAGCCAUGAAAAGGAAGUGUCACAGCUUUCUGAUUGUAGCUUUACUGAUCCACUGCCCGAAGAUAAUCUAGACUGUUCAUGUCCUCAGUUACAAGAUGAGAAUCUUCUCAAACAAGUGAAUCAAAUGCUAAAUCUCACCCAAGAAGAGAUAACAGCAACAGUGAAAGUAAAUGUGCCAUUUGGGAGACCCAGGGUUAUACAGAAGAACCAGGAUCACUGUCUCCUUUACCAUAGGGAAUAUGUGAGUGGGUUUGGGAAAGCUAUGAAGAUGCCCCUGUGGAGCUCAUACACAGUUCCCAAGCCUACGCAGGGAGACACAUCGCCUUUUCCUCCCACUGUCCCAGACUGUCUGCGGGCUGAUGUCAGGGUUGCUUCUAAUGAGAGCCAAAAAUGUUCCUUCUAUUUAGCAGACAAGACGAUCACCCACGGCUUCCUCUACCCUCCUGCAAACAAUAAAACUUCUGAUAGUCAAUAUGAUGCUUUAAUUACAAGUAAUUUGGUCCCUAUGUAUGAAGAGUUCAAAAAAAUGUGGGACUACUUCCAUAGUGUUCUUCUUUCAAAAUAUGCCAUGGAAAGAAAUGGAGUAAAUGUGGUUAGUGGACCAGUAUUUGAUUAUGACUAUGAUGGCCAUUUUGAUGCUCCGAAUGAAAUUACAGGGCAUGUAAACAACACCAGUGUUCCCAUCCCAACACACUACUUUGUGAUGUUGACAAGUUGUAAAGACAGGAGCCACACACCUGACAACUGCCCUGGGUGGUUGGAUGUCCUCCCCUUCAUUAUCCCUCAUCGCUCGACCAAUAUAGAGAGCUGUCCUAAAGAUAAACAAGAAGACCUUUGGAUUGAAGAAAGAUUUAAAGCACACAUUGCCCGGGUCCGGGACGUAGAACUUCUUACUGGACUUGACUUUUUUCAGGAAAAAGUACAGCCUCUUUCUGAAAUUUUGCAGCUAAAGACAUAUUUACCCACAUUUGAAACCAUUAUUUAACUUGAUAUGUAAAAUAAUUUGGUAAAGUGUAAUUUUUUUUGUUGUUGG